AUGGCAAAGGAAUCAAGCUCCACCGCAAAGAAGCCAAACAUCCGAAGCAGGUCAAGGGUGACGCGUGCGAGGUCCCGAGUCGGCUCUCCCAGCUCUGCUCAAUCGGAGGUCUCUGAGUCUCAUGCAGACUGCCUUUCUCUGCAUUCAGUAGUGAAGCCGUCCAAAGUCCCAGGACAUCUCGUGUCAAAGAGUGACCGGAAGAAGGAGUACAGAGCCAUUCAUGCCAAGUGCCUUGAUGAGAUGGACAAAAUUGGUCAGCAGUUUCGAUUGGCCCUUGCGGAAAAGCAAGACGCAAAGGCCCAUGAGUCUCAGUUGUUGCAGAAGAUGCGAGCCGAAAAGGCUGAAGAGAGUUCGAAAUUGCAGCAGGCUUUUGCGCUAAAAGAAGCCGCUCUGGCUGAGAAUCAAAGACUUCAGAAUGAAAUUCGUCAAUUCCAGCAGCAGGUGGAAUCGUUGACUGCUUCGACACAGGAUAACGUCCCAUGGAACGAGAUUCAGCUGGUAUUGCAUCAAACACAUGGCGAGUUAGUAUCGGCGACCACGCGAUACUGGAACGCGAUUGAGUCUCUCCAGAACCGCAGACUGGCAUCCUAUCUACCCGGCUCCGGAGUGAUCCACGGAAAUUGGACGGAGCAGUACAGCCCGCUGGGAUCUUUGGGACACGAUACACUUCCCGGGUUCUCCGAAUCGGGUAAUCUCUCGCUGAGCAAUCAGCGAGAGCCUGGGGCAAACAAUGUGUUUGAUUCCCUUAUGUGA